AUGCAGGACAAAAUUGGCACCAAGUUCACUGACGAGGACGUCCGCACUUACCUGUGGGACACGCUCAAGUCCGGCCGUGUGGUUCCCGCCUAUGGCCACGGCGUGCUGCGCAAGCCUGACCCGCGCUUUGAAGCCCUCAUGGACUUUGCUGACACCCGGCCUGAUGUGCUGGCUAACCCGGUCUUCCAGCUUGUCAAGAAGAACUCUGAAAUCGCCCCUGGUGUGCUCACGGAGCAUGGCAAGACGAAGAACCCUCAUCCUAACGUUGAUGCUGCCUCUGGUGUGCUCUUCCAUCACUAUGGUCGUGCGUUGGGUCCGUUGGCUCAGUUGGUCUGGGACCGUGCUUUGGGUCUGCCUAUUGAGCGUCCUAAGAGUAUCAACCUCUUGGACUUGAAGAAAUAG